AAGUUUCCCAAUAAGCUCUCCCCUCACCGCAAAGAAAGAAACCCUGUAAUAAAAUUCACAACCCACGACUUUCACUCUUCCUCUCUCUCUCUUCAAUUGCCGGCAGAAUUUUGCCGGAAAUUUAUCUCUGACUCAUUUCCGGAACCGAUCACAGUCUCUGUAUCGAAGACGCUGAUUUUUUUCUCCGAAUAUCUGUACAUACAUGCACUUUCCUGUAUAGAGAGUGAUCAAGAUAAGUAUUGGGUUAUGGAGGAUGAUUAUUACUUAAGCGGCGGAAGCGAAGAGGAAGAUGAUUACUACCCAUCCGAUCGGGAAGCGGAAUCGCUCGACGGACUCGAGAAUGAAGAGUCUGAUGCUCAGUGGGCCACAUCCAAAGCCCCUUCUUCCAAGGUAAUCACAAAAGAAUCUCUGUUGGCUGCUCAGAGAGAAGAUUUGCGUAGGGUUAUGGAAUUGCUAUCAGUUAGAGAACACCAUGCCAGAACUCUUCUCAUUCAUUACCGUUGGGAUGUUGAGAAAUUGAUUGCCGUUUAUGUUGAGAAGGGGAAAUCUUGCAUGUUUUCUGAAGCAGGUGUUUCUGUGAUUGAACUUGUUGACCUCGAUCCACCAGAAUCUUCCUCUACAUUAAUGUGCAAUAUUUGUAUGGAUGAUGUGCUUGCAAAGGAUGUGACAAAAAUGGACUGUGGACACUGCUUUUGCAACAAUUGUUGGACAGAGCAUUUUGUUGUCAAAAUAAAUGAGGGGCAAAGCAAGAGGAUCAGGUGUAUGGCCCAUAAAUGUAAUGCUAUCUGUGAUGAAGGUAUUAUCAGGAAGCUAGUUAGUGUAAGACAUCCUGAUUUAGCAGAGAAAUUUGACCGAUUUCUUCUUGAGUCGUACAUUGAAGAUAACAAAAUGGUUAAAUGGUGUCCUAGUAUACCCCACUGCGGGAAUGCAAUACGGGUAGAAAAUGAUGAAUUCUGUGAGGUAGAAUGUUCCUGUGGUUUACAGUUCUGUUUCAGUUGCUUAUCAGAAGCCCAUUCACCUUGUUCAUGCUUGAUGUGGGAGCUGUGGACCAAGAAAUGUCGUGAUGAAUCUGAGACAGUCAAUUGGAUUACUGUACAUACAAAGCCUUGUCCUAAGUGUCACAAACCAGUCGAGAAGAAUGGUGGUUGCAACCUAGUCAGUUGCAUAUGUGGGCAAGCAUUUUGUUGGCUAUGUGGUGGAGCUACAGGCCGAGAUCAUACCUGGUCACACAUUGCUAAUCAUAGCUGUGGCCGUUAUAAAGAAGAUGGUGAGAAGAAGGCUGAGCGUGCAAAGCGAGACCUCUAUAGGUACAUGCAUUAUCAUAAUCGCUAUAAGGCUCAUACAGACUCCUUUAAGCAGGAAUCUAGACUGAGGGAAACCAUAAAGGAAAAAGUAUCACAUUUGGAAGCAAGGGACUCAAAGUUAAGAGACUUCAGCUGGAUUACAAAUGGGCUCUGCCGGCUCUUCAGAUCAAGACGAGCUCUCUCGUAUUCAUAUCCUUUUGCAUUCUACAUGUUUGGAGAGGACUUGUUUAAGGAUGAGAUGACCAAAAAGGAAAGUGAAAUAAAGCAGCACUUGUUUGAGGACCAGCAGCAGCAGCUUGAGUCAAACGUUGAGAAGCUAUCCAAAUUUCUUGAGGAGCCAUUUGAUGAGUAUUCUGAGGAACAAAUCAUGCAAAUAAGGAUGCAAGUUAUUAAUCUCUCUGUAAUCACAGAUAGCCUCUGCAAGAAAAUGUAUGAGUGUAUCGAGAAUGACUUAUUGGGUUCACUUCAAUAUACAAUUCACAUCAUAGCUCCAUACCAGUCAAAAGGCAUUGCAAAGGCAGAGGAGCUGACUUGGAGUGCUCAAGCAAACAGCAAUAAUAAAUGUCAGAAGAUAUCUAAUCAGGCCACUGGAGACCUGAUAGAAAUAGGAAAAGCAUCGGCUUCCGGGACUUCGGAUGAGAGCACACAGUUAUCAAGGAAGCGUCCUAGAAAAGGAAGUUCUGCAGGCAGUAUGUUUGAUCUCAACUUGCCUGCAGAGGUUCACCAACCAAAUACCUAAGAAGUCGCUCUCGUUUCCAACUGUGGGGGUGCCAUCCUAAACCCUCAGCACAGUGCACAUAAAUCCAGUGCAUUUAUUGGAGGAAAGAUAUUGUCCUCGACUUUGGAGGAUCCGUGUUGUCGUAUUUUGGUUGUCAACUAUAUUAGUGUUGUAAUGGAAGCGGAAAACUAGCUUAACUAUGUAUAGUCUUUUGUUUUGGACUGGGGAAUAAUAGGGUAUAUCUGGUGGAGUCCAUUCUGAUGCUGAAAUAUGUUGAUAAGGGAGAAACAGUAGCUGGAGGAUUGGGAUAACAUUGAGUAAUAGGAUGCAAUAUGUAGAUCCGAUUCUCGUUUUGCUUUUUAGAUAUUGGGCAAAUUCUGGUCGCUCAAAGUUGUUUAGUAUUGUCGUGUGGCAGUGCCCACCCAUUUGGAUUCUCUCUCUCUAUGGUAUAUAUAUUAUAUA